GCCUCAAUCCCCAAUGCAUUCACAGACAGAAGCACUCGACCUAUUACAGAUUCUCUCUCUCUCUCUUUCUUUAAAAAAAUCAAUCAGUUCUCCAAGUUUUUUGUUUUUUUUUUCUUUAGGCAAAAAUGUUCAUCGAAGGGUUCAAGGUUGAAUCUCCGAACGUGAAGUACACAGAGGAUGAGAUCCAUUCAGUGUACGACUACCAGACCACAGAGCUUGUCCAUGAGAACAAGAACGGUGCGUUUCAAUGGACCGUGAAGCCAAAGACCGUGAAAUAUGAGUUCAAGACCGACACUCAUCUCCCAAAACUUGGAGUAAUGCUCGUUGGAUGGGGAGGCAACAAUGGUUCAACUCUUACCGCUGGUGUUAUCGCCAAUCGUGAGGGAAUAUCCUGGGCAACGAAGGAGAAAGUACAACAGGCUAAUUAUUUCGGGUCAUUAACCCAAGCAUCCUCUAUUCGGGUCGGGUCUUUCAAUGGCGAAGAAAUCUAUGCUCCCUUCAAAAGUCUUCUCCCCAUGGUGGAUCCGGAAGAGAUUGUGUUUGGAGGAUGGGACAUCAGCGACAUGAACUUGGCAGACGCAAUGGGACGUGCCAAGGUCCUUGACAUCGACCUCCAGAAGCAGCUGCGUCCUUUCAUGGAACACUUGGUUCCUCUCCCUGGUAUCUUCGACCCUGAUUUCAUCGCUGCCAACCAGGGCUCACGUGCCAACCACGUGAUCAAAGGCACCAAGAAACAACAACUCGACCAAGUCAUCAAAGACAUCAGGGAGUUCAAAGAGAAAAACAAAGUUGAUAAAGUGGUGGUACUGUGGACGGCGAACACAGAAAGAUACAGCAAUGUGGUGGUUGGUCUUAACGACACUACCGAGAAUCUAAUGUCAUCUCUGGACAAGGAUGAGGCUGAGAUUUCUCCUUCUACACUCUACGCCAUUGCUUGUGUCCUUGAGAACGUUCCUUUCAUCAAUGGAAGUCCACAAAACACUUUUGUCCCUGGGCUUAUUGAAUUGGCCAUCAAGAGAAACUGCUUAAUCGGUGGUGAUGACUUCAAGAGUGGUCAAACGAAGAUGAAGUCUGUCCUCGUUGAUUUCCUUGUCGGCGCUGGAAUCAAACCGACGUCGAUAGUGAGCUACAACCACCUUGGGAACAACGACGGCAUGAACUUGUCUGCGCCGCAAACAUUCCGUUCAAAGGAGAUAUCUAAGAGCAAUGUCGUGGACGAUAUGGUUGCUAGCAACGGGAUUUUGUACGAGCCUGGUGAACACCCUGACCACGUUGUGGUCAUCAAGUAUGUGCCGUAUGUAGGGGACAGUAAGAGAGCAAUAGAUGAGUACACAUCAGAGAUAUUCAUGGGAGGGAAGAACACAAUUGUGAUGCACAACACUUGUGAAGACUCUCUCUUAGCUGCUCCUAUCAUUUUGGACCUUGUUCUUCUUGCCGAGCUCACUACUAGAAUCCAGUUCAAGUCCGAAAAUGAGGGAAAGUUCCAUUCUUUCCAUCCGGUGGCGACUCUCCUAAGUUACCUCUCAAAGGCACCAUUGGUACCUCCGGGCACGCCAGUUGUGAACGCUUUGUCGAAACAGCGUGCAAUGCUUGAGAACAUACUCAGAGCUUGUGUUGGACUUGCUCCUGAGAACAACAUGAUUCUCGAGUACAAGUGAUCAAUCAAGAGAUCAGUCAUUAUCACUAGUUCAAGAGAUCAAGACCCGCCUCUUAUUAGCUUCUUUGCUUUCUAUGUUUUAAUUAACAAUAAUUACAUCUUUAAAAUGUAAAAGUUUUAUGUUUACUUAUUUUAAAAAUUUCGUUAUCUUGCCGAGCCAUCACUAUAUGCAUUGAUAUAUAGCGCUGAAUCGGAAUCGGAAUAUCCUUCCAUCUUA